AUGUAUGGCAAAACCCAUGGAUUCAUUCAAUCUGGCAUUAAAGAUCUCAAUGAUCUCUACAUACAAGUGUCCAAAACACAAGACAUGUCCACAGAAAUAAUUACAGAAAACCCAAACAAUUGGACUCUUGAGGGCAAUCGAGGGGAUGACAUAACUGAAUACAUCAACACAUAUCUGGUCGGCGCUCAGAUUAAUACCACAACCAGUGAUGAACUGAUUCUCAUUCCCUGGUAUAACAAAGAGGCCACACAUUCACUCCCGGUGUCCAUCAACUUCUUAUACCAGACACUACUCGAUAAAUACUUCAAAGACAAACCAACUAUCAAAUUAUAUAACCACCCGAUCCUAUCUGAUCAGAGCUCUGAUACAAUGGAGAUGGUUAUGGUUACUAUGAUAAUCACAUGUCUACUACUGGUUCCCCUAACCGUCCCCUUCAUCGGUGCCUCCUAUGUGUUGUUCCCAAUUCACGAACGCAUUACUAAUUCAAAACUAUUGCAACUAAUGAAUGGCAUAUCUAUUCACACCUUCUGGGCGGCCAGUUAUGUCUGGGAUCUCAUUAACCAUUUAAUGGCAAGUGUUUUACUCCUCUUCUUAUUCGCAAUCUUCGACUCCAAUAAGGUAUUUAUGGGGAACGCGACGAGUAUUUUCGGUCUAUUCAUCCUAUUCUUCGCGUUUGGUUUAUCUGCCAUUCCUUUGGCGUAUUUAUUCUCAUUGCGACUGAAGCUGCCGUCCACUGGUUUCGCCAUUUUGGUGGUCAUAUACCUGUUGACAGGAGUGGCCCUAUCGGUUACCGUCUUUAUCGUCGGUGCCAUCAAACCCAACACAUUGGAAGUCCUGUCCGGCAUCGCGAGCAUACUUCCCGUGUAUGCGAUGAGUCGCGGCAUUCAAAAGCUGUACAAACUGGGCUCAUACCAGGCCGCGUGCAAACAGAUGUCUCGCGAGCACCUGGAGAGACGGUGUAAGGAUAUCACACCUCAUACGAGUGAAUAUUACGGUUGUUGUGAGAGUUUGUGUCGACCCAAACACCAGUGUUACGAUGAACUCAAUGUGUUUCAAUGGGAUCAUAACGGGAUUAGCAGUGAACUAACAUACCUCAUAGUUACCGGUGCCGUAUAUUUGCUGUUACUUUGGUUAAUUGAAGGCAAUUGGCAGAGAAUUAGGUAUAUGUUUCGCAAACAAAAUGGUCAAACACCAGAUAAUAAUGACCAGGUUGUAGCUAUAAAUAUGGGCACCGGUAGUGUUCAAAACCCAUCAGUUCAAGAGAUAGAGGACUCAGAUGUGAAGACAGAAAAGCUUAGGAUCGAUGGGUUAGUCAACACUCAUAGCGUUAACAGCGAAGCACUGGUAGUCAGAAAUUUGACGAAAACUUUCGGAAAAGUAAUACCCAUUCAAGCGGUGAAUGGACUGAGUUUUGGUGUCCAUCCGGAGGAGUGCUUUGGUUUGUUGGGAGUGAACGGCGCCGGAAAGACAACCACUUUUCGUAUGCUUACCGGCGAUGAGACG